AUGUAUCAGAUGAGGAAUAAGAGGAGGAUACUUUAUAAUACGAAAGCUGCUUAUGCAGUCUAUGGACCAGAAAUUCGGAGACAAUGGAGCUUUACGGAGGGGUUGGCUUCUAAGGCAUUUUUACAGAGAUUAGGACCUCCUCUGCUCUACUAUUUGAAUCAGAAGAUAUGGAGGAGGCGUUUACCCUACCUAUUGAUAUCCUCCACAAGAUCAAAGAGUGCAUCGCUGAUCGAAUGGGGAGGAGAAGUUAUGGACUCGCAGUCAGAUGGGUACCACAUGUCCACACAAAUGGAAAGUGCAUCAAAAGGACUCAACACUUUUACCAAGAAGUCAAAUUGGUAUGAUGCUCAAACGGGGAGCACUGAUGACUUGGGACAUUACUUCUACUACGGUGGUCUUGAGCAUUGGUCUUUCUUCAACUUCAUUAUAUCAAGCUCUGUUUCUUCUCCGCAUUGCAACACCAAAUCUGACUUUGUGGUUCCACUCACACCAAAUUAUGCUCUCUCUACCUAA